AUGAUAACUAGAACUUUAAAUAGCCCAACAAGAGUUUUAUAUGAAAGAGCAGAAAGUUCUUCCUAUGCAACCGAUUCAAAUGGAUGUGUGAUUUGUCCAUCAACAACACCUGAAGGACCUACUUGUGGUAAAGGAUAUGACAAGUUAUUGAGGAGUCCCACAUGUAAUCAAUGUGCUGCAUAUUAUUGUGAAAAAAGGAGUGAUGAUGGAGGUAGUAGUACACCAGUUGGUGGUAUUGUAGGAGGUAUUGUAGGAGGAGUGGCAGCAUUAUUAGCAGCAGGUUUGUUAUAUUAUUUCCUUGUGUGGAAGAAGAAACAUCCAAGUUUGGAUGAAGAAGAAGAAGAUAUAAUAAUGAGUGAUUUGGAAAAUGGUGAAGAUAAGGGAAGUUUCAGUAACGAGAGUAAUUUGGAUACUACUAAUGAAACUGGAAAUGGAAGUCAAGGAAAUUUAUCCAAGGAGAGUGAAAGACCUGUACAAAGAAGAAACAACUCGAAUUCUAAUCUCUCCAAUAGAAGAUUAUCAUCAUAUGAAUCAUUUACUCGUCCUCAAAAAGUUGGUAGAAAACAAGCUCAAAUUCCAAGACAUAAACAAGUUGGAAAGAGACAGUUGAAAUCCAGAAAUCUUAUUAAUAAUGCCAAUAUUAAUUAUGGAAAUGGUCAAAUUAAUUCACCAUAUAUUGAUCCAAAUUCAAGUAACAGAAAUUCUAUUGCAACGACGAUAUCAACUACUAAUGCAUCAAAUAUCUUACCAAUUGCAUAUAUUCCUGGGGUCACUGUUAGACCUACCAAGAACAAUACCAAAUCUAUUUAUUCAUACGAAACAGACUCGAUAUUUUCUGAUUUGAAUACUAUUGAAAAUGCUUCGAUUAUCGGUGAUAUAAUGAGAGCUAAUUAUCAAGAUCAAGAAAGAUCUGAUAAUGAUGAUGGAGAAAAGAAUACCAUGACAGCUAUCAAAGCCCAACCGAGAUUGGUGAAUGUUGAAAGAAUUGAAGAAGAAGAGGAGGAAGAUGAUUAUGUUAGUGGUAAUGAUAAUGAAAUAACAGAAAUGAAUGAAACCAAUGAAUAUUCCUUGAUCAGUGAAGAUAAGAAAUCAAGUGUCAUAACAACAACUAAUCAUCUCAAUAAUAGUACAUUAAGUGAAAUCACCAGAUCUGGAGAUAUCGAUAGUGAUGAUAGUGAUGUUGAUAGUGACAUUGGAGAGAUUCAAAGAGCUACCAGUAUCAGAAGGAAUGAACAGCAAGUCAAACAAAUAUCCAAGGAAAUACCCCUUGACUUAAUUGAUUUAGGUAAACCAGGUAAAGAUAAUGAAAGUAUUAUGGAAAGUAAUGGAUCAUUUGUUUUGGAUGUGGAAAUAGAUAAGCGUGAAAGUCAAAAUAGUGGUGAAAGAAGUCCUUUCGAAGAUCCUUGA